CCGGCUCUCCUCCCUCCCUCCUCCCCCCUCCACCCUCUGGGCCGGAUCUCGUCUCGCUCAGGCGGAGGAGGAGAAGGAGGAGGACGACGUUCGGCCUGCGCAGUGAGAUGUUUGUCCGUCGCCGCCGCCGCCGCCAUCGCGGAGGAGCGCGAUAAAGGGAGCUUAGCCGGGCGUGAGGGGGACCCCUCGGAGCCGCCGUGCUAGCGCAGCCCCCCAGCCGCGUCAGAGUCGCCGGAGCCCGAGCCGCCGCCGCCGCCCCCGCCGCUGCCGCGGCUGCCCAGGGGCCGGCCAGCUCCCCAGCCCUGCCCGGGGGCCGCGCCGCCGCCGCCCCCCAGCGUCGCCCCUAGCCUGCCUGCCCGCCUUAAAUGUGACACCGGCGUCGCGGAGCGCGACCUGAAGCCGCCGCCGGGGAGGGGACGAGCACCAUGUCGAAUCUGAGCAAAGGCACGGGCAGCCGGAAGGACACCAAGAUGCGGAUCCGGGCCUUUCCGAUGACCAUGGAUGAAAAAUAUGUAAACAGCAUUUGGGACCUUCUGAAAAAUGCAAUUCAAGAAAUCCAGCGUAAGAAUAACAGUGGUCUUAGUUUUGAGGAGCUCUAUAGAAAUGCAUAUACAAUGGUUUUGCAUAAACAUGGAGAAAAGCUCUACACUGGACUAAGAGAAGUUGUUACCGAACAUCUCAUAAAUAAGGUGCGAGAAGAUGUACUAAAUUCAUUGAAUAACAACUUUCUUCAAACGCUAAAUCAAGCUUGGAAUGAUCAUCAAACAGCUAUGGUGAUGAUUAGAGACAUACUAAUGUACAUGGACCGUGUGUAUGUACAACAAAAUAAUGUGGAGAAUGUCUACAAUUUGGGAUUAAUUAUUUUUCGAGAUCAAGUUGUACGUUAUGGGUGUAUUAGGGAUCAUCUACGGCAAACUCUAUUGGAUAUGAUUGCAAGAGAGCGGAAAGGAGAAGUUGUAGACAGAGGCGCAAUAAGAAAUGCUUGCCAGAUGUUAAUGAUUUUAGGUCUCGAAGGAAGAUCAGUCUAUGAAGAAGAUUUUGAGGCUCCUUUUUUGGAAAUGUCUGCAGAAUUUUUUCAGAUGGAAAGCCAGAAAUUUUUAGCAGAAAAUAGUGCUUCAGUAUAUAUAAAGAAAGUAGAAGCUAGAAUUAAUGAAGAAAUAGAACGAGUGAUGCACUGCCUUGACAAAUCAACGGAAGAACCAAUUGUAAAGGUGGUUGAAAGGGAACUCAUUUCCAAGCACAUGAAGACUAUAGUUGAAAUGGAGAAUUCUGGGCUAGUACAUAUGUUGAAAAAUGGAAAGACAGAAGACCUUGGUUGCAUGUACAAGUUAUUUAGUCGUGUGCCAAAUGGUUUGAAAACAAUGUGUGAGUGUAUGAGUUCCUAUUUGAGGGAGCAAGGUAAAGCUCUUGUUUCUGAAGAAGGAGAAGGAAAGAAUCCUGUUGACUAUAUCCAGGGCUUAUUGGAUCUGAAGAGUAGGUUCGAUCGCUUCCUUCUGGAAUCAUUCAACAAUGACCGGCUCUUUAAACAAACUAUUGCGGGUGACUUUGAGUAUUUUCUCAACCUCAACUCCAGGUCUCCUGAAUACCUCUCAUUAUUUAUUGAUGAUAAGCUGAAAAAGGGAGUCAAAGGGCUAACAGAACAAGAAGUAGAAACAAUACUGGAUAAAGCAAUGGUCCUUUUUAGGUUUAUGCAAGAAAAAGAUGUAUUUGAACGUUACUAUAAACAACACUUGGCAAGGAGACUUCUCACAAAUAAAAGUGUUUCUGAUGACUCUGAAAAAAACAUGAUAUCUAAGUUAAAGACUGAAUGUGGAUGCCAGUUCACGUCAAAACUGGAAGGAAUGUUUAGGGAUAUGAGCAUCUCAAACACAACGAUGGAUGAAUUCAGGCAACAUCUACAGGCAACUGGUGUAUCUUUAGGUGGUGUUGAUCUUACAGUCCGGGUGCUCACGACAGGAUAUUGGCCCACUCAGUCAGCCACGCCAAAGUGCAACAUCCCACCAGCACCAAGACAUGCUUUUGAGAUAUUCAGAAGGUUCUACUUAGCCAAACACAGUGGUCGACAGCUCACACUCCAGCAUCAUAUGGGUUCUGCAGAUCUCAAUGCCACAUUUUAUGGACCAGUUAAAAAGGAAGAUGGAUCUGAAGUUGGUGUUGGAGGUGCACAAGUAACUGGCUCUAAUACACGGAAGCACAUAUUGCAAGUUUCCACUUUCCAGAUGACGAUAUUAAUGCUCUUUAAUAAUAGAGAAAAAUACACGUUUGAGGAAAUUCAGCAAGAGACAGAUAUCCCUGAAAGAGAGCUUGUUAGAGCCCUACAGUCCCUCGCCUGUGGUAAACCAACACAGCGGGUUCUUACAAAAGAACCCAAAUCAAAGGAAAUAGAAAAUGGUCAUAUAUUUACAGUUAAUGAUCAAUUCACAUCCAAACUACACAGAGUCAAGAUUCAAACAGUUGCUGCCAAACAAGGUGAAUCUGACCCAGAGAGGAAAGAAACAAGGCAGAAAGUAGACGACGACAGAAAACAUGAGAUAGAAGCUGCUAUAGUGCGGAUAAUGAAAUCUAGAAAGAAGAUGCAGCACAAUGUUCUAGUAGCGGAGGUAACUCAGCAGUUGAAGGCGCGAUUCUUACCAAGUCCAGUUGUUAUUAAGAAACGUAUUGAAGGACUUAUUGAGAGAGAAUAUUUGGCACGAACACCUGAGGAUCGCAAAGUAUACACAUAUGUAGCAUAAAAUGCGUUCAGAAAUUUGAUUUAUUCUUGGACUCUACUCUUCGCAUGGACUGGGAAGUUCUUUUAAAUCAUUAAAUAUUAAGACGACCAUCUCUUCUAUUAAAUUACAGUACAUGUUCUAGACCAUUGAGAUCAAGCCUUUACUCCCUUUGAGAGUUUUCAACAUCAGUUGAUUGAGCUUCAGGCUUUACAACGUUUAUCCCUGUAGAGAUCAUCUUUACAGUUCCUCGGGAAAAUGUGAAUGUGCUGCGUUUUGUUUUCUUUACUGUAUGAAAACAGGAAAAUAAAAGAGAAAUUUAGAAAAUACAGCUUAUUACAAUAAAAUUGUUGGAUUUCAUUUC